AUGACUGAUACAUCAAAAACAGAUGAUAAUUCAAGUGCUCCAAACACUGCUAAGUGGUACGUCCAUGCUGGCGAAAACGAUAUCCGCGGACCUUGCGACACUGAGUCUCUAAAAUCACUUUUAAAAUCAGCCUUUAUUGAUGGGUGUACCAACGUGUGGUGUGAAGGUAUGAAGUCAUGGGAACCUAUUUCAUCCUGCAGUGAACUUAAGGAAUUCUUAAUAGAGUCCGAACAUAAAGAAAAUUUCGAAGAACACGAUGAAGAUAACUCUCUAGAAGGAGCUGUAUUGACCGAGGAAGACGAGGCCAAGAAGCGCAAGAGGGAGAAGAAAAAACUAUAUCUUAAGAGGAAGAAACAGAGGAUGGACUCAGGCGAAAUCGCAGGAUCACUGAAAAGUCACACUGUCUAUGUAUCCGGACUACCCAAGGACACAACUCUCUCUGAGGUUGCAGAGGUUUUUAAAAAGGCUGGGAUCAUCAAAAUUGACCCACAUACAACCCUCCCUAAAAUUAAACUAUACACUGACGAGAACGGGGAACUAAAGUCUGAUGGAACCGUUACUUUUGUCAACAAGGAGUCAAUUGACCUUGCAAUUAGAUACCUGGACAACUAUCACUUUAGAGACAACUGUGUUAUUCAUGUGGAACAGGCUAAAUUUGAACCUAAACCAACUCAAGCUAAGCCCAUUCCACCAUCAAUUAAAUCUGAGCUAAGGAAGAAGUACCUUGCUGCUAAAUAUGAAGAAAGGAGACUUCAAGGCUGGUCUGACACAUUGGAUGAUGGAACCGGCAGGCGUAUCGUAAUUUCAAAGCCCAUGUUCUCCAUGGAAGACGCAAUGAAAUACGAGACUGGAGACUUGUUUUAUGAGGAACUUAAGGAGGAGAUUCUUUCUGAAAUCAAGAAAUACGUUGAAGUGGAAAAGGUCACUCCCAUUCCUCGCCAUCCCCAAGGGAUUGUUUGCAUAAAGUUUAAGAACUCUUCAGACGCUGAGGUUUUCAUUUCGAAAUUCAACGGCAGAAUGUUUGAUGGGAGAGAACUUGAGGUCUACUUCUUUGACGGGAAGACUGAUCUCCAAGCCCAGACAAUCCCAAGCAAGAAACUUAAAAAACCGCCAAUGGAAACUGAAUUGAAAGGGGAAGAAGACGAUGAUGUAAAAUGUGAUUGGGUUGAAGAACAAAGCAGUGAUGAGGAAUUUGAGAUUAAAACAGAAUAA